CUUCCGGUCUUCUUCCGGGUUCGAGGAAGAGUCAAAUCAUCAAUGGAGUGAAUCCCGUUCGAGUCAAAACAUUGAAACGCGUGAAGGAUAAAACUUUAUUUUUCACGUCGUGCGGGUUUAUCGCCAUGUUUCUCUCCGGUGAGGUGACGUGUCGUUGACCGGCCCGUUGACCGGCGCGGGCUCGUGUCCUGUGACCGCAGCGUGUUGUCGUCAUGUCGGUUCUGCUGCUGAGGUCGUGUCGGUGGUGUCGCCUGAACCGGGUGGAGGUGGUGGUGGUGGGGGGGAGUCACAGGAGGCUGGACGCGGCCGCUAGAAGAUGCUGCUCCUCGGCUCAGGCUCCGGUUCAGGGGGAGGUGCGGGUCCGGUUUGCCCCCAGUCCCACAGGCUUCUUGCACCUUGGAGGCCUCCGAACUGCUCUCUACAACUACAUCUUCGCAAAGAAAUACGCAGGUGCCUUCGUCCUGCGACUGGAGGACACGGAUCAGAGCCGACUGGUACCGGGAGCAGCUGAGUCCAUAGAGGACAUGCUGGAGUGGGCUGGUGUUCCUCCAGAUGAGAGUCCUCGUCGAGGUGGGCCGCUCGGCCCAUAUCUGCAGUCUCACAGAUUAGACCUGUACAGUCAAACGGCCCAGGAGCUCCUGCAGAGCGGCGACGCCUACCACUGCUUCUGCAGCCCACAGAGACUGGAGCUGCUGAGGAAAGAGGCUUUGAGGAGUGGACAGACGCCACGGUACGACAACAGGUGUCGUCACCUCCGGGCCGACCAGGUCCAGGAGAAGCUGGAUCAGGGGACGUCGCAUGUGGUCAGGUUUCGUCUGGAAGCCGGCGUCGAGCCUUUUCAGGAUCUGAUCUUCGGAUGGAAUCGUCAUGAAGUGGCUCAGGUGGAGGGGGACCCUGUGGUGAUCAAAGCCGACGGUUUUCCCACCUAUCACCUGGCGAACAUCGUCGAUGACCAUCACAUGAAGAUCAGCCACGUUCUGCGAGGCUCCGAGUGGCUCAUCUCCACCUCCAAACAUCUCCUCAUGUACCGAGCGCUCGGAUGGAAACCGCCCGCCUUUGGACAUCUGCCGCUCCUGAUGAACAAAGACGGCAGUAAACUGUCCAAGAGGCAGGGGGAUAUCUUCGUCCAGAGCUUCCAGAGGGACGGGGUCCUGCCAGACGCUCUGCUGGAUAUCACCACCAACUGUGGCUCCGGAUUCAACACCAAUCGAAUGGGGAGGAGGAUAGACGAGCUGAUCUCCGAGUUCAAUCCCUCAAAGAUCACAACUCAUUCUGCUUUGUUAGACCUGGAGAAACUCCCAGAGUUCAACAGAAUCCACUUGCAGCAGCGUAUUGAAGACGAGGAUCAGUGCACGUUGCUGAUUAAAGAUCUGCAGCGGCAAAUCCAGCACACGUACACGACAGAGAUCCAGGAGCAAGACGUCCUACAUGAGGAUUAUAUCAGACGGGUGCUGCAGCUGCGUAAGGGUCACAUAACCUCCCUGCAGGAGCUGGUGAGUCCUAAUUAUUCGUACCUGUGGGUCCGUCCUUCCUUCACCAGCCAGCAGGUUGCAGCACUCACAGCAGAAGCCCCUCACGUUGCCUUGUUAAUGCUGAAAUUAAUAGAAGAGCGAGGGGAGCAGCUGACUCUGGAUCAGCUCAGUAAAGAUCUGAAGCGAUUGUCCAAACAGACCAAAGCAACAAAGUACAGAGACGUGAUGAAGCUCCUGCGUCUGGCUCUCAGCGGGCUGCAGCAAGGUCCCAGCGUGGCGGAGAUGAUGGCGUCUUUGGGGCCUGCGGAGAGCAGCCAUCGCUUCCAGAAACUGCUGCUGCUCUCAGAGACGAGUUAAAAGACUGGACAAGCUGUCGCCCCCCAGAAGAACUCCUGUUGAGGACGUGGCCUGUUUGUGGAGAGUUAAAUGUUUAACCUCACACUGACUCUACCAACGCCACAUUCAAAAUGAACUGCACUCAGCUGGAAUCAGUGAAACAAUACUUGAAUUAUUAUAAAUAUUUUAUAAAGAGA